GGAGGAGAUCAGCAACAUGAAGUCAGAGUUGGAUAAAUACGGGAUCCAGAUGCCGGCAUUCAACAAGAUUGGAGGAAUUCUGGCCAAUGAGCUGUCAGUGGACGAGGCUGCAGUCCAUGCAGCGGUGAUUGCCAUUAACGAGGCGGUGGACAAAGGUCAGGUGGAGGUCACGGCGAAGGCUCUGAGGAACCCUAACGCCCUGCUCACCGACCUGCAGGAGGCGCUGAUGAGCGUCUACCAGGAGAUGAUGCAGCAGGUGAAAACACGGAAAGGAAAGCAGGCGGCCAAGAAGUGUGGAGGUCCAGAAGAGAAAGAUAUCUAUGAAGAGUUUCUGACUCAGAGAGAAAUCCAGGACAACAUCAACAUUGUUAACGUGCGGUCAGCGGUGGAGCAGGUGGAUGAAGCUCUGGACUCUGCAGACGAACUCUCUCUGCUCUCGGCUCUGCAGCUGCCGUGUUUGGCCCUCAGGGGCCUCCGUACUGACAAUGGCCCCUGGUACCUGGACCAGCUGUCAGCAGACCGGCAGCAGAAAGCCCUGGAUGAGGGCUGUGUUGAUCCUCUGGAGCCUGACGAGCUGCAGGAGGGCGUGACCAUCGCCAACCAGGAAGCCCAGAGAGCCCAAACCAUGGAUGCAGCGGUGCAGAGUGUGAAUGCGUCGCUGCGUCUCAGUGACGCCCGUCACACCGUCAGCUGUCUGAUGUCUCCUGACCUUCAGCUUCCUGAAGUGUUUCCGUUCGCUGCGACUCUUUAUCACCGAGAGCUGCAGCUGCUGCAGAGACAGACUGCACAGGGGGCGCUGCAGCAGGAGGAGCUGUUUGUUGCCGUGGAGAUGCUGUCAGCUGUGGCGCUCAUCAAUCAGGCGAUAGAGGUGGGACAUCUGCAGAAGUUCAGCUCCUCGUUGGUCAGUCCGUCUGCAGGACUGUCUGAUGUGGACGACACCCUGCUGGACAGGUACUUUGAGCGUCUGGUUGGUGUGAAGCAGCAGGCGGGCAGAGAUCUGCUGACCUGGAAUCAGCUGCAGGAAGCAAUCAACUCUGUCAACAACUCAGUGCAGGACGAACACCAGCAGCUGCAGUCCGUCGGUCUGGUGAACGAGGCCGUGAUCAGAGGAAACUCUCAGCAGCUGCUGUCUGCUCUGCUGCUGCCCUCCUGUGGUGUAGAGGAGGUUUUACCUGCCAACGCCUGCAGAUACCUGACGCUGCUGACCAGAGCGCGGCAACACAAAGUUCAG